GAAGAGACCCCACCCCGGGGAGGGCAUUUUGGGCAUUGCGCCUGUUGCAGGCCUCUGACGUCGAACCUUCUCUGCUUUCAACUUUUUCCUCUCUCAUUUCUCACCAAAUCCAACUCUAACUCCUCAAUUCCUUUCUCUUACUAUUCAUUCCUCUUUCAAUUUCAAUCGGAAUCUUCUCUCAGUUAUUAUCGCAGGGGAUUGUUGCUAAAUAUCAGCUACAAUGCGUGCACCGGCAUUACUUGCACAGUGCUUACCUGGCCUAGUGCCUCAUGAUCGUGGAACUCUCAGCAUAUCCUCGCUUCCUGACAAAGAUAUUCAUCUUCCAUCGCCAGCAGUGGAGAUUCUCCCUUCCAAGGCAGCUCACGCUGACAGGGAUGCUGGGGAGAAUAUAGAGCAAUUUAAGGGUUUAGUUAGUGUUGCUGAUAUCAUUGGAUUCAAUGGUUCAGAGGCAAUAUCCUUGAAAUCUGACGGUUAUCUGAAAUCCUGGACUAUUUCCAUUGAUCUUGUUAGUGUUCUUAAGCAUGAGAUUCGUGAUGGGCAACUGACCUUUAGAGGAAAAAGAGUACUUGAGCUCGGUUGCAACUAUGGGCUUCCUGGGAUUUUCGCAUGCUUGAAGGGAGCUUCCGUGGUGCAUUUUCAAGAUCAGAAUGCAGAAACUGUAAGAUGCACAACUAUACCAAAUGUCCUUGCUAAUCUCAAGCAAGCUCGUGAUAGGCAGAGUCGACAGCCAGAGUCUCCUCUUACUCCUUCAAGACAGACCCUGGCACCAUCAGUUAACUUUUAUGCUGGGGACUGGGAAGAAUUGCCUUCUGUGUUGUCUAUUGUGAAAAGUGAUGGAUAUGAAGCGACUCACGGAAUGAGUUUGAGCUUCUCUGAGGAAGAUUUUAUGGAUGGAUGUAGUAGCCAAGAUGGUAGCAUCAUUGGACACGAAUCUUACUCAAGACGGUCUAGGAAGCUUUCAGGAAGUCGGGCAUGGGAAAGAGGUAGUGAGGUGGAUCAAGGAGAGGGCGGCUAUGAUAUUAUUCUAAUGACAGAGAUUCCAUACUCCGUUACCUCUUUGAAGAAGCUGUAUGCACUUAUUAAGAAGUGCUUGAGGCCUCCAUAUGGGGUGGUAUAUCUAGCUCCUACGAAGAGGCACUAUGUUGGCUUCAAUAAUGGAUUACGACAACUGAGAAGUAUGGUAGAUGAGGAGGGCAUUUUUGGAGCACAUUUAGUAAAGGAUUUGGCUGACAGGGAUAUCUGGAAGUUCUUUCACAAGUAAACAGGAAUUCAAAAAUCAGAUGGAUACCUUGGCAAACAUCCGAUAAAAAAUUCUAUUGACACCAUACAUAUAUUUUAUAGUCUGAAUCACAAGCAUUCUUUUGUUUUUUAAAUCUAUAUUUCUCCAUUUUUCUUGUAGCUUAGUAAUAAUAGAGGUCUGAAUUUGAAUGAUCAGUUUACGUGCAUCAUCAACGUGAAGCUGCCUCAAUUUAAUUGUGUAAAUUCUCACACUAAACCUUUAGAUUGCUUGGAUUGAACAUUUUAGUCCAUGAUAUUUUUAAAACUGUGAUCUUUAAUUUUACAAAGUGACAUUCA